AUGUUGAAACUGCAUGCAGUAUUACUAAUAACUGCAUUUGGUACAGUAGCCAUAUUUCUUACUGGGCAAUUUGCAUCUGAUUAUUUAUCUUUAAUUAAGUAUGCAAAAAUAAACGAAAGUGAUGUAAUACCGAUGCUAGGAAUAAGGCGGCAAAACACGUGUGUUACGUUUCAACGAUUAAAUAAUGCUAUGAUCGAAAUAGAUGUCAAAGGUCACAACAUUCAAUUGAAACGAAAUAAACAAAAUGCAACAAAACAUUUAAAUGUAUUUGUCGUUUUACAUUCACAUGUUGAUCCUGGAUGGUUGUAUACAUUUGAAGAAUAUUACAGUACUACUGAUCAUUCGGUUCGAAAAAUUUUAAACAAUGUUGUGAAUUCACUUCGAAAACAUCCUAAAUUGCGUUUCAUUUGGUCUGAAAUAUCAUUCCUAGAAAGAUGGUGGUCAGAAGCUAAUACAACCUAUCGAAAGUAUUUUAAAAGCUUAACAGAUAAUGGUCAGUUAGAAAUUAGCGGUGGUCAUUGGGUAAUGAAUGAUGAAGCAACGCCAUAUUUUUGGGAAGUUAUUGAAAAUAUCAUCAUUGGACAUCAAUAUGUACAAAAAAUUUUAAAUAUUACACCAACAACAUCAUGGUCAGUGGAUCCAUUCGGUCAUGGACUUAUGAUGCCAUAUCUGUUGAUGCUCUCCGGUAUUAAUCAAAUGGUAAUAGGUCGGAUCAAUUCAAAUAUCAAAAAUGUGUUAAAACAGCAUCAUCAACUACAUUUUCGUUGGGCACAAAAAUGGGAUCCGCAAUUUCGUUGGGCUCCAUUUGUUAAUACAUUGCCAAAUGUAUAUUAUACAGUAAGUGAUGCUUGUGGAACGAAUGAAAUGAUUUGUUGUCAAUUCGAUGUUUCCAGGACAUCUCGGUCAUAUUGUUUGGAACGAGCUCAUAUUGAUAAUACACAACAAAUUGCUUUAUAUGGUGAACGAAUGGCAAAUCAAUAUCGUUCCUUGCAAACAUUUUAUAAUUCAGAAACGAUUUUAAUAGCUGCAGGCGAUGAUUUCCUUUAUUCACAUCCGGAUGAUUUAGAAAUAGUUUAUCGUAUUUAUACUGCACUCUUCAAAUAUAUCAAUCGAAAUUAUGAUCGUUUUAAUAUGAAGGUGCAAUUUGGUACGGUAGCAAAUUAUUUCAAUGCAUUAAACAAAAAUACGAAAAAAUCGGCUUCUGUGCUUAAUGGCGAUUUUUUUCCAUAUAUGGAUGAUGAAUUCAGUAAAGCACCAUUUUGGAUCGGUUUUUAUAAUCAUCGAGCAUAUUUUAAGUGUUUCGAAAGAAUUAUUCAAAGAGAAUUACGUUUGGUGGAUUUAUUAACUGUCACAAUCGAAAACAAUUUUAACAAUGAUUUGGAAAUGGCACGUCGAAAUUUAGCACUUUGUAUACAUCACGAUGCAAUUACGGGUACCAGUAAAUGUCAUGUCAUGGAUGAUUACAUGUUAAGAUUAAGGUCAGCUUUGCAAACGAUAUUAAAGGAGCAGGAAAGAUUAUUAAACAUUUCUAAUAAUACUUUCACAACAAUGUUAAUUAAUGAUUCGGUGAAAACAAAAGGAAUGUAUUUACGCCGUAGAACACUUUCAUUUACUGAUGGCAUCGAAAGUUACAAAAUUCAAAUUGUAAAUCAAAAAGCAUUCUCAACAAUGGAAUUAAUUAAAUUAAACAUAUCAUCAUCAUUUGUUACUGUAACACACGAUGGUAAACAAUUAACAAUACAAUUGGUGCCAUUAUUAGAGCAAUCUAAUCUUUUUGAACUCAUUUACAAUGAUGGAAGUAUGGAAACAAAUUUUGAUUUUUAUUUCAAUCAGAUUGAUGAUUACGGUGGUGCAUAUACCAUGGUAUCUGGAUUAUCAUUUCAGAAUAUUAGCAAUAAAGGUCGAUUACCAGCAAUUAUUAUCAAAGGUCCAAUUUAUUCAAGUAUUUCACAGCAAUUAUCACCACAGUUAGCUUAUAGUAUUACAAUUAUCAAUUCAACGGAUGAUAUAGCUCGAUCACUUCAAAUUGAUGUCUUUACAAAUGUCACUUCAAUGCCUGGCUAUACAUUUUUUAUGAAUUUAAAUAGUACCAUCAAAAAUGAUGAUCAUUUCUACACUGAUAUAAAUGGGAUGUAUUUAAUACAACGAAAAUAUGAUAAAAGGAUGAAAUUGGAAGCAAAUAUUUAUCCGAUGAUUACUGAGACAAUGAUUGAAGAUGAUAAACUUCGUUGUACAAUUCUUGGUGCACAAUCAACCGGUGUUACCGCUAAAUUGGGUGUAUUUAUGUUAAUGAUAGAUCGAGAAAUGUAUAAUGAUGAUGGGAAAGGUUUAGGAUAUUAUGAAGCUAGUAAGAGCUAUCCAUCACAUCUCAAAUAUCGAAUUAUUUUUGAACCAAAAUGGCUAUCAAGAAAUGAUUAUGUUGAUAAGGAAAUAGUAGAGGAAAAAAAUCAAUAA